CAGGAAUCUGACCAUGUUGGCUGUGCUGGUUGUGAGAGAGGGGCGAUGAGGAGCAGCGGGCAGAGUCCAUCCCCAAGAGAAAGGGUUAAGCAUCCUGCACUCCUGUGGGCGGGCUCGGCGAUGAGAUCGGCAGCGCCGGGCUCUGCUGGCCGAGCCUGAGCAUCUCCGAGGAUGCGGCGCCCGGAGAGGCUGCAGGGACGCGCGCAAGGUGAACGCAGGGCUGCGGAUGCAACGCGCAGACUUAUCCAGUGAAGUCAAGGGCUCUACGCUCAGGCAUUGAAUUAGACCAUGGCCCCCAGCCCACAGGGCUGUGUAUCUUGUCUUCUGUUGUUGCUGCUGCCAUGCCUGGGGGCUGGCCCUGCCUUGGGCAGAGGCCUUCCCCGGCUAUUUGAGAACUCAGAAUCCCACAUGAUCCCAUCAGAGCCACAGACCUUUGACCUCUUCUGGGAGAAGCCGAGAAAUAAGAGUUCCUGGCACAGGGGCAUUCUCCAGGUCUCUGCUGAAGGCCCUGAGAGGCCUGCAGACUCUCCCCUAGGUCCAGCCCUGCUUGGGCCCAAAGCAGCCCCCGAGGUCCAGGGUGAAAGGCUCCUAAUAGCCGACGACCUCCAGCUGGCCCGAGCGCUCACCUCCCAAGGCUGGACAGGACCUCCUGGUUCACAGGAGCUCCCAGAGCCAGACGCGCCAGACCCCCACCCAUUGGGAACACCCCAUCUCCCUUUAGUCCCUACAACUCCCAGCCCUCAACUCAGGAUAGCCACACUUGCCACUGCCCCACAGAAGUCUGGAGGCCCAGGAGGACAGCAGCCAGCUAGGGAUGAGGGUCUAAAGGCCAAGACCAACAUCACACAGGCUUCCUCCUGGGACUACCAGGGCUCUCCGCACACUCUGGCACCCGAGACAGGUGCUGUGAGGACGUUAGUGCUGGGGAAGCAGGGUGGACAUGAAGAGGGCUUCCAGGAGGCUGUCCAGGGACCCCUACUCACCCUGCCGGAUCCAGUAGCCCCUGAGGUUGGCUCAUCAGCCCCAGUUGAGGUGGCAUCCACUCAGGAGCCUGGAGCCCAGCUAGACCUGGCAUUGACCAGAAGCCUUCCUCUUCCUGAGGGGCUGCCAGCUGAACCCCCACAAAAAGCUGGGGAUACCUGGGAAGUCAGCUCCCUGGGACCCCAACCCGAACAGACUGACCUCCUUGGUGGACAAGAUUCCCCCGCUCCACAGCCCACGCCACCUUCAGCCUCGGAUACUUCUGAUGGGCAACUGAGACCAGCAAUAGCCUCGAUGAAUGGAGCAGACCCCAUCUCUCCUCAGCGAGUGAGAGGAGCAAUGGAGGCUCCAGGAACUCCCAAGUCCUUCAUCCCUGAUCUCCCAGACUCCGCUCAAGCUGCAAAUGGAACCGAGAACCCUGUCAGGAGGGCCCCGCAGCCAGAUGAUGCCGAGGAAUGGCCGGGUCGCCCACAAAGCCACCCUCCAGCACCCCCUGUCCAAGCCCCCUCGACAUCUCGGCGUGGCCUCAUUAGAGUCACCACACAGAGAGCUCUGGGCCAACCACUCCCUCCGGAGCCCUCUGCCAGCUCCAUGGCUCCAGCCCCAGCUUCUAGCCCCCCGGCCAAUGCCACCGCACCUCCUCUCCGUUGGGGACCCCUGCGGCGGGUGCUCAGUUUUUCCUGGGAGCUUCAUGUCUAUGGGGUAGGGGUGCUUUUCCUGCUUCCAGCAUUAUUGGCAUUGGUCACACUGGCAGCCGCCCUAGCGGGACCCCGGUUGGCACUAGUGGCUGCUGCGCUGGUGUUGGUGGCUGCAGGGCUGAGAUCUGCCUACAUGCUCACCGAUCCUUACGGCUCUCAGGCACGGCUGGGAGUCCGUGCGGGCCUGGUGCUAUACAACUUGCCCUUUCCCUUGCUACUCACUGCACUGGCAGCACUGACGCUGCUGGGUCUGGGUGCUGGCCUGCCACAGCCUCUGCAGAAGCCGCUCCUGCUGGGAGUCGUGGCACCAGUGCACGGCGCAGGUUUGUUGGCCACUGACCUGUUCUCCACCAAGCCUGUGCUCAACCUUCUGAUGCAAGGCUUAUCUUGUGCCUGGGGUGCGUCAGUGGCUCUGGGCACACUCUGCCUGUGCCGUCGCCGCCUGCUAGAGGGCCCCCGGUGCUGGGAUGCCAGUCCAGGCCCCCGGCUGCUGGCUGUGGCGGGCUCACUGGGGUUGUUGGCCAGUGGUCUGCAGUUGGCGGCCUCACUCUGGCUGUACCCAGGGCCCGGCCGGGAAGGUCGCUUCUCCUGGGCUUGGUGGGGCGUGCACUUCUGGCUGCGCCUGCUGGAGCUGACCUGGGCACUAGCCCUGGCGCUGGCGGCCCUGGCUGCCACUCGUCCCAGGCCGCCCACGGAGCACGCUUGCUGGGCCAAGCUGCUGCGCCUGGCGUGCCCCGCGCCCACGGGCAAGAGCGAAGUGCCCGAGAGACCGAAUAACUGCUAUGCGGGGCCCAGUAGCCUGGGCGCAGGCGGCUUGGACAUCAGCAAAAGUCUCAUUCGCAACGCUGCAGAAGGUGGGCUUCCUGUCACGCCUGGUUCCGGAGCCUGGGGUUCGGCUGCAUCGCUGGGUCGCGGUCGUUCGGGAGGCCCGGGGAUGUCUCGCGGCAGUGUGGGGCCUGCGCCGUCGCUGAGCGAGCUGGAUCUGCGGCCGCCGUCGCCCAUCAAUUUGAGCCGCAGCAUCGACGCCGCGCUCUUCCGGGAGCACCUGGUCCGAGACAGCGUGUUCCAACGGUGCGGCCUCCGCGGCCUGGCCUCCUCGCCGCCAGGGGGCGCCCUGCGGCCUCGCCGAGGCAGCCAGCCCGACGCUGAGCUCGACGGCGCGGGCGCCUCGCUGCUCCGAGGCCGCUGCCGCUCGCUCAGCGAGGUGUGCUUGCGCGCGUCGCUCCCGCAGCACGUGGUGGAGCCGCCAGUGGGCGCCGCGGCCGCGGGGACUUCCGGCAGCUCCUUGGACAGCUUCUCCAAGGGCUCGCUCAAGAUCAGCUGGAACCCGUGGCGUCACGGGCUGUCGUCUGUGGACAGCCUGCCCCUAGAUGAACUGCCCAGCACCGUGCAGCUGCUGCCACCACCUACCCCAGCCCCUGCUCCGGCCCGGGCUGGAGACCCUCAGGGUGACCAACCACGCUGCAAGUCCAGCGAGUCUCAUAGCGCCUCCAGUGAUACUAUAGAGCUCUGAGCAGCUUCAGGGAGGACCCUCUCUUGGACCCGAACCCUCUCCCCAACGCCCAAAUGAAGUGGCCGAGCAAAGACAGUUCAGCAUUUGAAAAACUGGCCUUCUGGGGCCUCCACCUGACUGCAGCUCCCGGCACAGCUGGGCUUCGAUUCACCUGACUCGUUCUGAUUUUUUUUUUUUUAAUAUCUCUAUUUUUUUCAGCAGGUAUUUUGCACAGAGGCCGUGAGUUACACGGAAUACAGGGUGGACGGUGCAUGGAUUUGAUCAUGGGGUACAGGGAACAAGUACCCCUGACUCUCCGGUGUGAAGAGAUGCACCUCACUUGUCCGGAUUGACUGUCCUCUUUGUGCCAAAGAAAUAAACCCUUCCAAUUAGGCUCAUGCCUCCCUCUGGUCAAGCCAGGGGCCUACUCCCUAACAAGGGACAGGAGGCCUUUCCCCACAGGCAUCAAGAGCCUUCCAGAGCAAUGUUGCCUCUGGCUUUGGUAGAAACAGCCACUAUCUCAUAAAAAACCUGUCAGCUGUGCAGUCCCCACAUUAGACCUAAUCGGAAAGCAUUCUGCCCACUUCAGAAAUGAGAGUGAAGUUUGGAGGUGAACGUUAUUUGGACCCUGCAACAAAAACUAGUAUCCAACCCAGAAAGACCAGUUCCUAAGCUGGUUCCUCUGUCUUCUCCUUCCUCCCUCCACUUCUAGCUUUUUGUCUUGUUUUGUUUUUUCAUCUAAAACCUCUUUUGGUAGAUUUA